UACUUUGCCAGAACGUUUGUUCAGCUUGAAGCGAAAAAUGGCUAAGCACCUGCCACCGAACCUACGAAUGUUGGACACCGAGAAACUAGCCGAGAUGAUCGGUACUAGCGUGGACAGGUUAUUGGUGAUCGACAGUAGAUCGUUUGUCGAAUAUAACACUUCUCAUGUGCUAAACUCAGUGAAUAUUGUGUGUUCAAAAUUGGUGAAGCGGAGACUGCAACAAGAUAAGGUAACUAUUCGUGAAUUAUUGUCUAAUUCUUGUAAGGUUGAUACCGAUGAUAAUUGCGAAGUGGUAGUUUAUGAUCAAUGUACCCAUGAUGCCUCAGGAAUCCAAUCAGAAAAUUUUCUCUCUGUCUUACUUGGUAAAUUAUCAGGAACUUUUCAGCGUGUUUCUCUUCUUACAGGUGGCUUUGCUGCUUUUCAGUCUUGCUUUCCAAGUCUAUGUGAAACUCAGGGGAAUUUCACCAAAUGUUCAGCUUUGGCGCCGUUAUCCCAACCAUGUAUGUCAAUCAACAAUGUGGGACCAACGAAAAUACUGGCGUUUCUUUAUCUCGGCUCGCAAAAAGACGUUCUGAAUCAGGAAGUCAUGCACACGAGUGGGAUUGAGUAUGUACUGAACAUUAGCAAGACAUGCCCACAGCCUGACUUUCUACCAGAUGCACACUUCUGCCGGAUACCUGUUAAUGACAAUUAUACCGAAAAAAUUAUCCCAUAUAUGGAUCAAGCUAUGGAAUUUAUAGAAAAAGUUCAAUCAUCUAAUGGUAAAGUCAUUGUUCAUUGUUUGGCUGGAGUAUCUAGAUCAGCUACUGUGGCAAUAGCUUACGUCAUGAGGUAUCUUCAUAUGUCAUCAGAUGAUGCUUACAGGUAUGUGAAAGAUAAGAGGCCAACAAUAUCGCCAAAUUUCAAUUUCUUGGGACAGCUUCUGGAAUAUGAGAAGUUACUAAGAAAAGACAAACAAGGCCCUGAUUAUGUCAUCACUGACCAACCACAUUCACGCCCGUCAGGGUGUGGUGACGUCAUCACACCAAAACCACGUUCACCAAGUCCUUACCGAGAAACUAAACCUUACUUAUUCCAUGAUAAAGUACACCAAUCUGAAACUGAUGAUGAUCCAACGGAGCGGAAACGUUCAAAAGUGUCACCCGGAGUUAAAAUACGAGACAUUCCGGCGAUCCCAUAUGUUGUUUCCUCCCCAUUCCAUAAAACACCAGAACGUCCAACUGGAUUAGAUGUUGUUUCACAAUUGGGACCAAUUUUUUUGAACUCUUCACCACCUCCACAGUUUACCUGUAUGACGGUUCCCAAUUUGCCAAGUCCAAGCACGCCUGAUAGUAUAAUGUCCUCGCCCAUGCAGGACUCUCCACCUGUGUCUAUUUGCUCUAAACCAAGCGGUAAGCCUGUGAGUCCUGUUUCUUUACAGCAAGUCCAUGAUUUGACUGGAUCCCUAAGUGUUAAUUCCCCAGGAAUUAAGUAUGAUAAUCCUUUUCACGCUGUCUUGAGGAAAAAGAAUGCUGCUUCUGUAAAAAACAUUGACGUGGACAAACCUGACAGCAGUAUUUCUGUCGCAGGCCGCAAUAGUCUGUUACUGACAGGGGACCAAUCAGGAGUGGUGUUGUGUGGAAACGUUGCCGACUCUGUGACCCACAAACCUGCUACUAAACCUGACGAAAAUUGUGGAAGUAGCAACUCUGAGAAUGCCUUCUUUAAAACCGUUGCAGAUACUGUUUGUAGCAACUCUGAGAAUGACUUUUUGAAAACCGUUGCAGAUACUGAUUGUAGCAACUCUGAGAAUGCCUUCUUGAAAACCGUUGCAAAUACCAAUUGUAGUCAAGCGUCAAAAAACUCUAAAGGGUCUCAGCAGAUGGACAGAUCUGCUGAGGCCAUCACUGUGACAGAAAAGAAGAAGCCGAGAAAAGCGAACAAUGUGAAAGUCCACAAAUCCACUGUGGACACAGUGGUUCACAAAGACUCACAAACUAAAAGCACAAAACAUUCAGUUAGGGAAAGUUUUUCCUUUUCGGAGACUUCUGCAUGGACUUCUGCAAUGUCAACUCAGUGUGAUUUCAUGAGAAUAGAUGGACAUGCCGCUAAACUACAGCGAUCGUCUGGGUCUGUGGAGUCCUUAGACUGCCAUUACCAGGAGAUUAUGGAUAUCGAUGAUACAGGCGCAACUUUAGGUAGCCAGAGAUCAAUGUGCGGGAGCUGUGAAAUGAUAGAAGUAUCGUAAAAUACUCCUUGAUAAAUAUAGUACCGGUACAUCCUAAAAACAUGCAACAUAACCUACUCGUUGAGAAAUGGUAUAACCAAUGAGACGAGGGAGGCAACAGAAAAACAAUUUUUUUUUUAUUAUUUAAAAAAAAAUAUUCUAUAUAUUAUGUUAUGUUUAAGUGCAAUAAGUUUGUGUGUUUUUUUCACUAUUUCAGUUCCAAACAGUGGCCGAAGUCUACAGCAAUGGUUAUUCAAAAACCCAGCAUUUUUUGUGCAAUAUACAAUGAUGGUACAAAAAAAAAAUGCUGAAUUUACAAAUAGAACUGCCAGACAUUUUGUAAAAUAGACCCCAUUUAAUAUGCCUAAUUUGUAAGAAACGAGAUAUUCUCGGUCUAUUUAUUUAUUACCCUUGUUUUAUCAUUUCAAUUACUCAGAUAUUUGUAAUUUUCUUACCUACAUCCAAACUAUAAAGUGAAAACUUUUUUUCAAAUGAAAGUGAAACCAUUUUAAUAUAUUGUGUCCUGAUCUGUUGACCUAUUCCCUCUCUUUUAUACCAAAAUGGUAUAGUCCAUUUUAAAAAGAAAUAAAAAAAACUACUUUUCCUACGUAAGUGAGCAAGUUGUCAACAGAUUGCAAAAAAAAGUACAUAGAGCCAAAAUCUUCAUCUUACAAUCAGUACUAA